CGCGGGUCGUGGUAGGUCGGUCGGUCGGUCGGUCAGGUUCUCGGGUUGUUUCCUUGCCGUGGGCAGUCGGGCUCUGGAGGGCCCCGGAGUUCAUCCCAGACCCUUCUCUCUCAAUAGCCUUGCAACAUUUCACCAAAUAUAAACUUCCGGAAGGGCAGUGGUUGUUGCAUUCCCUUCACAAAUGGUGUCGAUUCAGCAAGUUGUAUUAAGCUCUCGACUGGGUAAGAAUGACGAGCCAGUGGCAGAGAAUUUUAGGAUGGAGGAGGGUUGUCUGCCUGAAGACUUGCAGGAGGGCCAGGUGAAAGUUCGCACCAGAUAUCUGUCUGUGGAUCCCUACAUGCGAUGCAGGAUGAAUGAAGAUACUGGGGUGGAAUAUUUACAUCCUUGGCAAGUAUCCAGAGUUGCUGAUGGUGCAGGAGUCGGAGUGGUUGAAGAAAGUAAAGACCCAAUGUUUCAGAAAUGGGACAUUGUGACUUCAUUUUACUGGCCUUGGCAGACUUUGGCCAUUGUGGAUGGGAAAAUCCUGACUAAGAUUGCUCGUCUCGAAGGAUGUUCCAGAGUGGUUGGAAUCUGUGGCACAGAUGAAAAGUGUCUGUUUUUGGUCUCCAAGAUAGGUUUUGAUGCCACCAUUAAUUACAAGAAAGAUGAUAUCGCAAAAAAGCUGCUGGAAUACUGUCCAGGUGGAGUGGAUGUUUACUUUGACAAUGUCGGAGGGCACAUCAGUGAUGUUGUUAUUAGUCAGAUGAAUAAGAACAGUCAUGUCAUUCUAUGUGGACAAAUCUCCCAGUACAACAAAGAUGUGCCUUACCCUCCUCCACUGCCAUCUCAGACAGAGGCUAUCCUAAAAGGAAGAAAUAUCACAAGAGAGCGAUUCACAGUGAUAAAUUAUUCAGAUAAAUAUGCUAUGGCCCUAGUGCAGUUGACCCAGUGGCUGAAGGAGGGGAAGCUGAAGGUUUAUGAGACGGCGGUGAAGGGAUUAGAAAACAUCGGAGCUGCCUUUGCGGCAAUGAUGAAAGGAGACAAUAUCGGGAAACAGCUUGUCCUAGUCUCUGAGGAGUAAUAAGGCAAACCACCCAUUCUUCCUGAAGGGUGAAGUCAAGGCCACCAGCAAUUUUUUUUGCUACUAUUUUACUGGUUCUAUUAUGCUGAGCCUGCUCAUACAUCGAACUGAAGACUUCAACGUUUCUCUUGCCUUUAAUCUUUAGAUGGUAGGGAGAGGAAUGCGAGGAAGCAUUGCUGACUGAGGCUUUAAUUUUAAAUUACUAAUCCAUGUAUCUGGACCGGAUUUGUUGUUAAGAUGUAUGUUGUAUAAAUAUUUCCAUUUUAAAUAAAAUUCCUAUAAUCUGUUCA